AUGGCCGCUACAAAAGGCGAAAGUUCAAAUGAUGAGCAUCUAAUUGAUAUUGAUACUCUAGUUUGGAAUGAUACCGAUGAAGCGUCAAAUGCAAGAGAAAGGACUCCAAGUAUACCAAAGAUUCCGACCGCUUUGAGAAAUAGUCAAAAUCAAAAGUUGCCUGGGUGGUUUAAACCAAACGUGAUUUCAAUUGGUCCCUAUUACUAUGGUCAAAAGGAUUACCAGGAAGCACAAAAGCUCAAGUCUGGGCAUGCUAAGAAGUUCAUUGAGGAAAGUCAGCAGGAGAAAGAUGUUUUGUACCUCAAAAUUAAGAAAAAGACACCGGAACUGAGGAAGUGCUAUGAUAAUAAGGCAAUAUGGGAAUGCUAUGAUAAUAAGACAAAAGGGGAAAUGUCCGACCGGAAACUGGCGACGAUUUUCUUGCUGGACGGGUGUUUUUUACUACAUUUCAUCAACUACAGCAGCAAGAAGGAUGGGUCUGAUAUUUUGGGUUUUACAAAUCAUGAAAUGGCUCAUAUAAAAGAGGACUUGUUCUUGCUGGAGAACCAACUUCCCUAUAAAGUCCUCAAGCUGCUGUUCAAGGACGCAAAAAAUUCAAAACCGUCGAUGGAAGAAAAGAUAAAAGAUUUCGUUGCAUCUCAUGUCCCCUUCCCUCGAGGAAUACGGGUAAAAGAAGUGAAUCCUAAACCCUGCCAUCUGCUCCACUAUUUGCAAGGCGUCAUUUUAGGCAAACCGGUAACAAUUAGCCCAACACAAAAACAGGACGAAGAAGACGAUGGACGUGGGAGAGGGAGACCCGAAUGGCACUCAUGUGAAAACGUCCACGAGCUUAGGAAAGUGGACAUCCAUUUUAAGUCCAGUCCCACAAGUUAUUUGACAGAUAUUUCUUUCGAGCCUCUCUUUGGCACCACCGGAUGCCUCAAGCUUCCUACCAUUUCCAUGAACGCCUCCACUAUGAUAAUUUUCUUAAACUUGGUAGCCUUCGAAUCCUCAGAUACCACUAACAACCUUGGUGUAAUCUCUUACCUAUGCUUCCUGGAUUCACUUAUUGCUCGUUGGGACGACGUGAAGGAGCUUCAGGCAGCCGGAAUACUCCGUAACUUUUUUGGCGAACAAAGAGACGUGGCCCAAUUUUUCAACAACGUAUGCAGCAAAUUGGUACCAAAUCCUUCUGCUUAUGAAGAUGUAAAACUACAGAUUCAAAGUCAUGUUGACAGACACCACAAUUGCAGAUUGCGCAAAUGGCAUGUUCAGUGCAAGCAAAAAUACUUCAGUAGCCCCUGGAGUUUGAUGGCUUUGACUGCUGCAGUUAUAGGACUAUCGCUUACUGCCAUUCAGACUUACACAUCAGUGUUUCCCCUGUAG